AAGGAUGAAGCAUGUAGCACACAUCACAUGUGAGCGCGGGUGAGGGGGCGGGUGGUAGUUUUCGUCGUGUGUGGGUUCGGGAAAAUCGGUCGGUACAUAGUGGGCACAUUAUCCGGAUGGGAAUAGAAGGAUUCGGACGUGAUACAGAACAUUAGCAACGGCAGUGGGACUGCGUGUGUGUGUGAAUUUUCGGUGGACAGGUCCUGACGGUGGUCAUAGACAGGAUUGCUAGAUGAGUGGGUGCAGGUGAGGAGAAAGAGUGAUGAGUGGGACGAAGUGAAUGAUCCGUGGAGAGAUAUCCAAUUCUCCCGCUCUUGGAUGAUGGGGAGAAGUGUAGCGCCGCCGGUCGGUGGGAGGAUGUUUGGGUGUGCGGAGAUUGUAUAGAGCCCGAGUUGAGGCACGACGACGUCCUCCUAUGUUCUGGCACGGACUGGUGUUUAGUCGUGGUUGUUUUAUGCUCACGUUCGCCUCAUCGUCAUCGUCGUCAUCAUUGUCAAUGAGCAUAAGCGGCGUCGGCGGCGAAGGCAGCUGUAGAGACGAUGGCAAAAGGAAAAGCAUAAGAGAUGUGCUGUUUUGGUUGAUGAUCGUGUUGUGCCUACUACAAGACAACGGCGUGGAUCUUGGCCAGCGGUGAAUGAGAGACAGAGAGAGCGAGGACGGGUCGGGUCGGGUCGGGUGCGGUGUGGCCGGUUGGAUACUCCAGCGACGUGCGCUCUCCGUUUGCUGUGGUCGAUUCUGCAGUUGUUGUUGGCGGUACUGUAGUCUUCGAGUCGAGAGGAGUCAUCGCGCGCGCCAAGCCACGACACGACGGUAUGAUAUAACGUUUUUGGUUGGACUUGGCACAUUAGAUGCAAACGGACUGUCGCGAAGUGAGGAUGUCAUAGUGGGAAGUGCUUGACUUUUUGCGAAUCGGCUACUUCGCGCGAACACUCGGUGCGUCUUCACUUCUUCGGUGAACCAGGGUCCAGUGGACGAGACUGUUGACCCCGGAUUUCGAACUUCGGAUUCCUUGAUUACAAUCAAUCGGAACUCGUAGUGCUUCAGUGCAAUUACUUUGUAUAUCAUUGAAACGAAAAUCAAAUCUUAGUGAUACCUUUGAACUUCUUCAACCAUCGGAAUACAAAUCACAAAAAUUCCUGAACCCUCGGUUAUUGAAAAUCCACCAGAAACAGAACAAGUGCACAACCGUCCAGUAAAGAAAAAAGAUGCCUCUGUAUGCGGUGAGGUUAAAAUCCCUAUCGGAGUGUGUGGUUUAGUGAAAACUAUCAAGAGGAUACUUACUGCCAUCAUCGGCAAAAAAAAAAAACAACCCAAAAAAGUGAUCCCAACAGAACAUCCGGAAGACAACAAAACGCUACAAAGUAUGCAGCAGAAACAGAAAAAACGCGGCGUGAUUGUUUGCGUGUGAAAACGACGAGGGGAAAUUUUCCUCGAAACAGUUUUUUUUUACUUCUUCUAUCUGUCUCGCCUUUGUGCAGAGUGCAAUACACAAACGGAAGAAUCCUUGAAUGAAACCCUCCCCGUCCUUCAACCUCUUGUCCCCGCGCCGAACCGCGAGAGGCGCAAGGAAGUUAAUUGAGUGAACAGAAGGAACCUACUACUAGAGGGAUGAUUCGAAGAUAAAAGCAGAAGAAAAAAAAUUGCCACCCAUCGGCGCUAAUUGCGAAGAGCCGCCUCACGAAUACUAUCCUGGCCUGUCUGUCAGCCCUUGCGACCAGGACUGGGAAGAGAGUGAUCUUUAAAUAAAAAAAAAAACACAAGAAAAAAGUGCGCGUGGAAAAUCGCGGAAAAUCAGCUGCUUUACGCGAAAACAGUGCGAACAGUGAUAAAAAAAACGAAGCAGAACGCAACUUGUAGUAAACGACGAUUCCGGUAGAGUGGAGUGUUGCGACGGUGGUGUUGUCUGCUGGUGCAGCCCAGACCAAGAAUUUUUUUAUUUAGUUGAAGAGAAGCAACCUAAAAAAAAGGACGACGAAGUCGACGACGACGUGCUUUCGCCAUCCGCGCGCACAGACACACAAACACACCGACGCGCGAAGUGAAAAACAACAAUCCUGCCAAAAUGAGAAUUAAAAUGCCAGCUGUUCGGAUCGCACAAGAUUCAGACACCGGAGAAUCUGAAGGCACUCAAGAUAUCCUAACAUGCGGGUCCUGUCAGAAAACGUUCGCUCUCUCCGACAUUGUGCGAUUCAUCCAGCACAAAGUGCUGCAGUGCAACAAGGAAAAUUACGGCCAAUGCUACUCGCAAGCAACCGCCGGUGACAGGGAUUCGGACGAUGGACGGCCGCUGACGUUGGCCAACUCGCGGCGGCCCUCGAUCUCGGCUCCGAUCUCGGCGCGGAAACCCAGCGGGUCCCGGGUUCACACGCCACCGCCGACCAGCCCCGCCGAGCUGCUGCGGGACGGUGCUUCCAGUACGCCGAAACGGCUCAAUGAAGAAUCCGAGAACGCCUCCACCUCCCGCUGCCCGUCGAGUACAAGCCCACUGGGCAGCAGUGCCAGCAGUGGCGCCGAAGAUACCGAAGACCAGCAGGACAAACCACAGGCCGCCACCGAUCCUUCAGCGGCCUCUUCAAUUGCAAUCAAACAAGAACAACCCGAAGUGGAUCUGCUCGAUCGGGAGGCAGACUGCGGAGAAGGUAUUCUUCCGGGAGCGUCCACGACCACCCCAACGACGACUUCGGAUGAACCCGCUCCGAAGAAGGCCCGCACCACCUCCACCGCCACCACCACGGAAUUGGCAGACGCCGAAUCCAACACGACCAGCAACAGCAACAACGGCGAACCCAGCAACUACGUUUGCAGCACGUGCAAAACCAAAUACCACUCGGCGUGGCGGCUGGUGCAACAUGUCCAGCAUGCCCACCGGGUCAAGAUCUACGAGGUGGUAUCGCUGAUCGACGACGACGAAGACGAUGGUGAAGAUAUAGACGGUGAGCAUGAACCUACGGAAACCGAAACGAGUCGCGUUCCGGCGGUCGAUAACGAUGAUGACACUCCGGUCAAUAACAACGAACCGGAAACUUUGGCCCAAAGCGGUAAAUCUCAUUCCAUGAACAAUCUUAGUGGUAGUUCAAACUGUUCUAGUAACAAUACCAGCGGCAAUAGCUCCCGAGGUAGCGGACUGAAUCUGUUGCAGAAUCAGUUGCAACUUCCCCAGCAGCAACAGCAGCAGCUUCAGCAACAACAACAACCACCACGUGAUUCGCAAAGUCUUCCACCGCCGGGUUUGAGACAUCAUCCGCUGCUCCCACCGCCGGAGAUGCACCCAAACCCGUUCAACUUGCUGCGAAUGCCGCUGAACCACCAUCCGCACAGUCCGCUCUUUGGCCGCGGUCACCAUGACUUUCGCAUGGAACAUCUCAUGUCUGAGCAGUUUCGCAACCAUGGUCUCAAUCUUGCGGCUGCAGUCGCAGCGGCCAACCAACUAAAAACCCACAAUCAACAGUUCAACGCCGGCGGCAAUCCGACAACAGAGCGGCCGCCUUCAUCAGGGAGCAUCUCUCUACCCGGUGGUACCCAAAAUCUGGUUCUCGAACCCCAUAUGGAUUUUUACUCACAGCGCUUGCGGCAACUCGCGGGUACCACCAGUCCAGGGACUAAUCAAAACACCUCCAACUCUCCUAGUCCCCGCAAGCAGCACUCUCCCUCCUUCGCCAGCCCCUCGCCCUCACAACUCCCCCCAACCCCCUUAACCAACAAUUCCCGACCGCAAAGUCUUACCCCUCCCGAAAAGCACACCGAGCUGGGAGGACUCGAGUCCGGAACAAUCACCAACACCCCUCGGUCGGCGUCCACCCCUCCGAACAAGCAAAGCCAAAUCACCGAUGCAAUCCACUCGUGUGAGUUCUGUGGCAAGAAGUUUCGCUUCCAAAGCAAUUUGCUCGUGCACCGUCGAACGCACACUGAAGAACUCCCGUACAAGUGCGCCAGCUGCGAAUAUUGCUGCGAAGAUAUAAUUAAACUGAAGCAGCACAUGAAAACGCACGGAAUUCAGAGCGAAGACGGCAACAGCAAUCCCGAAAGCAUGGAGUCCGACAUGGACGACUCCGACAACGAGCUGAUGGAUGCGGAAGACAUCGACGACGAUGAAAAUGACGACGACCGAGAACUAGGCGAGGAAGCCGAAGAUCUCAGCAUGAGCAGCACCCAAAGCCAUGCCAAGAAAGACGGCCAAAUGCACAUGCAAUCCUCCCUGGUUGGAGAGUUGAUGGACAAGUUCGGACUGUCCAACAUUGCCCAGUACUCUGAGGCCUACAAACAAGCCCUACAGGAGUCGGGAAACGCGUUGAAGCUGCAGCUGACCAGUAAAGAUCGUGAUAACAACAACAGCGCCAUGGCCAUCCCCGGGUUGGCAGAGAAGUUGAACGGACUUCCGGCGGCGCUGCGGAUCAAAGAGGAACUAGCGAAGAACAUGCUGCAGCAUCACAAUCCCCAACUUCCACAAGUUCCUCUGUUCAACCCAUUCGAGAACCCCUUCGAAGCGUCCAAGCGUAUGAAGCUAGAAGGCGGCGAAAGCUGGUGGAACAUUCCCGGUCUGCACCGAAAUGAAUCCCUAUUCGAGAACAUGAAACCUGGUCGUGAUCGCGGCUCCGGAAGCCUAAUGCAUCCGAUGAUGAAAAAAGAACACAAAUCCCGCAACGAUACGUGCGAAUACUGCGGUAAGGUGUUCAAAAACUGCUCGAAUCUGACGGUGCACCGUCGAAGUCACACCGGUGAGAAGCCUUACAAAUGCGAACUAUGUUCCUAUGCAUGUGCGCAAAGCUCCAAGCUCACUAGGCACAUGAAAACGCACGGUCGACUGGGUAAAGACGUCUAUCGGUGCCGAUUUUGCGAAAUGCCCUUCAGCGUACCUUCGACCCUAGAAAAACACAUGCGAAAGUGCGUCGUCAACCAAGGUAAGCUUCAACAGCAGCAGCAACAGCGUGAACUUCAGCACCUGCAGCACCAACAACAGCUACACCACCAGCAACAACUGGCAGCCCAACAGCAACUGGCUGCCCAACAGAUGGCAGCAGCUGCGGCGGCACAACAGCAACAGGCCGCUGCCGUUGCGGCCGCUGCGCAACAGCACCAGCAUCGCGAGCACCUUCAGCAACAGCUACAGCAGCAACCUCAAGGACCGAUGAUCCCAGUCUCGCCCAAUCAAGCGCCUCCGGGUAUUCUGCUACCGCCACUGCCCGUCCCGCCUAUGGGUUCCCUGGCGGAGCACCAGGAACGGACAACCACACCCUCGAACAGCAAUCCCGCCACCCCUAUCAUCAAAGAGGAAGCGGCAACCGCAUGACUUUACCCUCCAUGGAGUGGUUACGAGCUACCCCCUAAUCGAAUAAUGUCCAGAAUCUACUAAGCAAAUACAGGGAAACCCGGACGCAACGUACGUGAUCCUCCGCAUGCCAGUGCGAUCACCUAAGCUGGGUCCGCUUUUUCCGAACGCCCUCCGGUAGGGACAGGGUUCUAUACCAUUUUAAAAAACAGAGUACAUAGUUUUACGACGAAAAUAGAGGCAUUAAUACCAAAGUUAAAGCAAAAUCAGCGAGAAGGCAGAAUUAUUAGAAAAAUGAUUUUUAUUUCUCCACUUGUGUACAUACUAGCUGUGUAAGUGAACAGAAUGGCAUUUAAUUUUAGUUUUAUAUAAUAUAUAUAUGAAAGAUAAAUUAUUCCCCUUUAUACGAAGAGACAACAUGUACAUUCUACCCUUGGUUCGGUUUAAGGCACAAAUAAAUGCAACCCCUUGAAGGUGAUUCGAAAAUUUCGAGCUGAAAUGUCACCCCCAAAUCAAGAAAUGAAAAUCCCCUGAAUAAUUCGUUUUGAUUAUUCGCAUUGUUAACGAAUGAAAUGAACGGUCAUGUUUUUGUUGAUAGUUUUAUCAUUUUCUUUGUAGAAGUUUUUAUUUUCAUAUUCUCGUUCAUAACCCACUUUUAUCCUCUCUUUGUGUAAGAUAAUUGUUUAGACUAAUUAGUAUCACCAAAAAAACAAGUAAGAAGAAUAAGAAGGAAACAGUUUCAUUUGUUCGGUUUCAUCUCCUACUAGCGAUCUUUGCUUUUUUUCUAUUUCUGUUGAGGUUAGGAGUCGUCUUUUGACACGUUUUGAAGGUUAUGUUUCAUCCGUUCCCGUUUGUAUAUAUUACCGAUGAUCUUCCGGAUCUUUGUAACAUAUUCCAGCUGGCAGUUGAAGUUCUUUUUCUCUGUGCUAGGUUAUUACGUUAAGACUGAUCUAUUUUCUCUGCGUUUUUAGAAUAAUUUUUAUUGGAAUAUUUAUUGGAUCAUUUAGUUCCAGUUCUUCAACGCAUUUUCUAGACACUUUCCCUCUCAAUCAGGAAGAGUGUUUAUAAAAGCGUUCAAGGAUCUCAAAAUUGUGCAUCGUACCCAACAACUAAAGACAAACAAAUCGAUUCCACGCCGGAAAUUGCUAGAGCACAAUUGAAAACUGUUUCAAUAGUUGGACAUUCCCGAACCUCUACUUUUUACCGAGAAAGACAGGCUUUGUGAAGUAAUAUAAAAUCGGAAUGUAAAAAAAUCUGGAGAAAAUGUAGUCACGACAGUUGAUUUUUAACUUCUAAGGCGGCGAAUGAAAAACAUUAAAAAUCACACGAAGAUUCCUAUUAAACAUUAUGAAUUUAUGUAAAUGUACAAAUCGAACCUAAGUAUAAACAAAAUACGAUGGGAAAAUCAAGUAAUACAACAAUAAAAAAAAGCUAGUAAUUUAUUUAAUGGAGAGAAAAAAGCAAAAUCAGCUCAUCAAACAACAGGAAAUACCCAUUAGUGAAAAAUGAAUGAUGAAGCGUAAGUCGAAAACCAUCAAUUGCACAUUACAGGCAUUAUACAAUGUUCUCAACCACACAAAUGCAAAUGAAUAGACAAAAACCCCACACUCACACAAACAUACACACAUACAAACGAUGAAACAAGCAUACUUAUUAAACAAAAAAAAAACUAAAAAUCACACACAAAAAUAUUUAAUCGAAAUGAAAAAUCCCACUACUGUAUUUAAUGCAAGAAUAGCGAAAUAACGAGAAGAAAAAGAUCAGAAAAAAACCUACAAAAAAUCCUAUAUUGUAUAACGAUAAU